CGCGCGGGGUCGCGCACGCGGCGGCGGCCAAGAUGGCGGCGCCCGUGUCGCUCUGUCACAUCGCCUGCUGCGCCAACCGGGCGGGCGGCGGCGCCGUGGCCUGGGGCCGCGGCGGCCUCCUCGCCUUCGGCAGCUGCCACGACGUCAUCCUCUACGACCCGGCGGUGAGGCGGGCUGUCGCCGCCCUCCGCGGCCACGCCGGCAGGGUGAACUGCGUGCGCUGGGCCCGCCGGCGGGACCGCGCUUCUGAAACGAUGUUAAUUUCUGGUGGAUCUGAUAAACAACUUAUUCUUUGGGAAUGGGAAGAUACAGUAACAUGGAAUAAUCAGCUUGUGAAAAGCAUUCCUCUCAAAGGCCACACAGAAGCUGUCUUUGCUGUGGAUGCUGUCUGCCAGUCAGAUGAACCUGAUUUAAAUCUGCUUAUAGCUUCUGCAGCCUCUGACUCUACUGUGAGGAUCUGGUCUUGGCAUGGUUCAGAAGCUAAAUGCAUUGAAAUUCUGCAGUUUGGAAAUGGAUUUGUUAUGGAUGUCUGCUUAUCCUUCUUGCCUGGCAGUGAUGUACCAAUACUGGCUUGUGGUGGUGAUGACUGCAAAAUAAGUUUGUUUAUACAGCAGAAUGGUCAGUUUCAGAAAACAUUAAUACUCCCUGGCCAUGAAGAUUGGAUAAGAGGCGUUGAGUGGGCAAUCUGUGGUGAAGACCUUUUCUUAGCAAGCUGUGCUCAGGACUGUUUGAUAAGAAUUUGGAAAGUAUGUAAAAAAUUAAAGCAGCUUCCAGAAACUGAAGAUGAUGGCAUAAAACUGAAAGAGAAUAUUUUUACUGUUAAAGAUGCUGACACAUCAUAUGCAAUUUCUUUGGAGUCUGUGUUGGCUGGUCAUGAAAACUGGGUCUAUGCAGUUCACUGGCAACCUUCAUUUUCCAAAGAUGGCAGCAUGCAACAACCAAUGAGGAUAUUAUCUGCAUCAAUGGACAAAACCGUGAUCAUCUGGGAACCUGAUGAAGAAUCUGGAGUCUGGCUAGAACAGGUGCGGGUAGGUGAAGUGGGUGGCAAUACUCUUGGAUUUUUUGACUGCCAGUUUAGUCCAGAUGGUUUGAUGAUCAUUGCUCAUGCUUUUCACGGAGCACUACACCUUUGGAAACAGGCUACAGUUAAUAAGAAAGAAUGGACUCCAGAAGUUGUGAUUUCAGGACAUUUUAACAGUGUAGAAGAUGUGAAGUGGGAUCCAGAAGGAGAGUUUGUCAUCAGUGUGGGCUCUGAUCAAACUACGAGGCUCUUUGCUCCAUGGAAAAGGAAGGAAGAAACAGAGGUAACAUGGCAUGAAAUUGCCAGGCCUCAAGUUCACGGGUACGACCUGCGCUGUCUGGCAAUGAUUGGCCGGUUUGAGUUCGUGUCAGGAGCAGAUGAAAAAGUGCUUCGAGUUUUUCGUGCUCCCAAGAAUUUUAUAGAAAACUUCAGUAACAUCACUGGUAUUCCAAUGGAGGAGCUCUGCUCCCGUCAGUCAUCUAAUCUUCCAGAAGGUGCAACUGUGCCAGCUUUGGGAUUAUCCAAUAAAGCUGUUUUUGAAGGAGAUAUGGCUGUUCAACCAGAUGAGGAUGAAGAAUCAUUUAAUACCAUUUCAAAUCAGUAUCCAGAGAUUUAUUUUCAACCCUUGAUCCUUACAGAACCUCCACCAGAGGAUCACUUGCUGCAGAAUACCUUAUGGCCUGAAAUUCAGAAGUUAUAUGGACAUGGAUAUGAAAUUUUUUGUGUUGCUUGCAAUAAUUCAAACACUAUAAUUGCCUCAGCAUGUAAGGCUUCCAAAAAAGAACAUGCAGCAAUUAUUUUGUGGAGCACUACUUCUUGGAAGAAACUGCAGAGUUUGUCUUUUCACAAUCUGACUGUUACUCAGCUGGCAUUUUCUCCUGAUGACAGCUUUUUGCUAGCUGUUUCUAGAGACAGGAAUUGGUCACUGUGGAGGAAACAAGAUUCCUCAGAGUCAGGACCAGUCUUCACUUGCUGUGCAUACACAGAUAAAAAUACAGCUGUUCACAGUCGAAUCAUUUGGUCCUGUGAUUGGACACCAGACAGCAAAUAUUUUAUUACUGGUAGUCGGGACAAAAAGGUCAUUAUCUGGGGCCAGUGUGAUUUGCCAGUGAUUACUGAAGGGAAUGAGCUGGAUUCAAUCAAGCCUUGUUCAACAGUGCUGGAUGCUGGGGAUUCUGUGACUGCUGUUGGUAUCAGCCGUGUGCUUACUCCUGGUGGAAGAUACAUUGUUGCAGUAGGCUUAGAGAAUGGGAAGAUUAUUCUGUACACAUGGAAGCAAAGUGGGAAAGAACCAGCACUGGCUGACUGGACCACAGGUGUUGAGAUAGAUAACAGCCAAAGUCAUGCUCUUGCUGUGAAACGCUUGUGUUGGAGACAUCACGCAGGCAGAGCUGGACAUAAUGAUGAGAACAGCUGCAAGUGGCUGCAGCUUGCAAGUUGUGGAGCCGAUCACUGUGUUAAAAUAUUCAAUGUCAACAGAUUUGCUCUUUAGCAAAGACAGCAGGCCUGUUUGUGCCAAACAGAUUCACAGCAUUUUAUUUCAACUUUUCUCCACUUUGAAUAUUGAAUUUUCUAUUUUCUGCUGUGGGAAGUAAAAUAUCUUACAUGUAACUUAUUAAAGCAACUUUAGUGGAAGUUUGAAAUGUCAAAUAUUUUUCUGAUCUGCAGUUGUGGGAAUAUGAAGCAUAUGUUUUGUUUGGUGAAUAUCCCAAACCUGAGGGAUGGGAGGUGGGGUAGGGCAUGGGAGGAUAAUGAGAGAGUUUUGUUUGCUGUGACUCGAAGGGUAGGUGGGAAGCUGCUGAUACUUGGGUACUUCUGCACUUGAGAUUCCACUUGGAGUACUGAAUUUUUUUUAUCUCCUAUUGCUAAUAAAGUUAACUCUUGGUGGGCCUGACUGUGUGUGUUUAGGCAUGUGCAGCCAGAGAUCAGGGUUAAACACGGAACUUUCUCUGAUUGCCUUCGAAUGUGUAUUAGAGCUCUGGUCCAAGUCUGAGGCCACCUGACUCUGGAAAGAGUAGUUUGUGUUCAGAUGCUUGGACAGUCCUGCUUCCUUAUAUAUUCCCUUAUUCUGCUUUGCAGGGCUGAACUCAUACUUCUUGGUCAGGUGGGGCUUAAAGCUGAACUCAGAGACCACUUAAAUCUUCUGGUGUCUCCCCUGUGAGCCCUCUCUGAGCAGAGUGUGGUAGUAGAGCCACCUCUGAGACUGUUUGGAGGGCUGUCCUCUACAGUUCAGACUGGAAAAGCUUAUGGAUAUCACUAGGCAGGAGCUAAAAGGAAGCAGCCAUUCCUUACAAUGCCUUUGGGCUCUUUCUGAGUUUUGAGAGCUCCCUCUUUGUUCUUGUAAAAACAAGUUAACUUAGUUGUCCCAUAGUGUAAUUUGAGUGCUAAUAGACUGAGAGUACUUGAGAAAGACUUCGUGUCAGCAGGUCUAUAUCUGGUUCCAAAGUCUAACUUAUAAAUUAGGUAAACUUUGAGAGUGAAAUUGUUAUUCCAGAACUGCUUGAAACCUGUAACCUGCAGAGGGAACUGAAAUUGUGUUUAACUUUCUACUGUGCUGGAUAUUUAGACUAAGAGUGUAGCUCUUUCAGAGGGGGCUAUACCGUCUUCAGAGUAAUUAUGGUUUUUGCCUCGAAAGGUUUUGUAUUUAUGCCUUGAAAGGUUUUGUAUUUUAGCUCUUUAUUUUUUGUUCUGUUUUUCAGCCAUUAAAAAAAAAAACAAAACAAAACCAUUCUUUAAAAUGGGGACAGGGGAAUAAAAAAAAAGACUUAUUAAUAAAGAUAAUUUGCUACAUUUUACUUGUGGUAACCAAUGCUUUCCUUACGCGAGUGCUUUAGCAUUCAAGCAUUUGAGUAUUAUAUUUCACUUGUCUGAGAAUUUUUAAGCAACUAUAUCCUGGCAAGAGAAAGACAUAACGUACCACUUGUGAGGUUUCAAAAAGCUGCCAAAAGUGGGUCUUUAUUCUGUGUCACAAUUGUAAUCUCAUAUCUUAAAAUUUGAUGAUAAUACUGUACAAUUCUUUCCAAUAGUAGUACAUCUUGUUAUGUGGCCACUUCUGGGUAUAGUUGACAAUGAAACAUCAUAUUAGUUGUUCCUCUCUUUUAUUUUGUGAAAUACUGUCAUUAACAAGCAUCAGCUGCUAGAGGAUUUAGUAAUCCACUCCAUUAGCCCUGGGACUUGGUGACUCAAUCACAUUCAUUGUUCCAGCUUUAAAUGCACCACAUUAGUCUGUUGGUCUCCUAAGUCUAAAUGUUUAUAAUAGACACUUUAAAUUUUCAAUUAAAUUAGAGGUUAGACACCUCGACACAUGAUUAAUAUUUUAUGUAUGAUACUCUUUUUGCUCACACAUCACUUUGCUAUGCAUUUAGUAGGUGUGACUUUAAUAUACACCUUUAUCUUCUCAUAAAUCCACUCAUGUCUUUUCAAAAUGUAAAUCAGCAUGUAAAAAUACUAAGGAAUGAGCUGCUGUCAAUGUACCUGGUGCUCUGAAAUUCUCUGCUGCUUGUACAGUGCCACUGAAAAUGGAGUUGAGAAAAUUGAUGGGAUAAACUGAAGUUUUGUAAAGAACAUUCUGUUACCUUUUCAUACAUUUGAGGUAAAGCCAUCCCAUGAAGAUUUUGGAUGUUGAUAUUUUCAGUAUUUACUGCCUUAUGCUAAAUUUGAAGAGACUUUGUCGUCAGAGAUGUGAACAAACUGUUUUAUGUUAUCAGGCCUGAAGGAGGAGGAUUGUUUUUUCUUAUAGUAGAGGUGUGUGUGACAAAGCAAGCAAGAAAUGGCAUGGGUCUUGCUGUUUGUAACCAAAAUCAAAUCAUUAUUGAGAUUGUCCAAAGCAAUCUUACAUCUUUCAGUCCAGGAUGCAGGUGAAGGCAUCCUCAAGUCUGUGCUGCACCAACAAGCCAUGCCAACUCUGACACUAGAGGUGAGCAUGCUGUGGUGUCUGGUGAAUGAGAAGGACAAACCAAGCUGUUUGUGUAAACUGGGAGGAUGUGGGAUGCUGACCUUCAGCCUGAGGAACUCCUACCUGGGCUCCCCAUGGCGAGCUCCCUAAACACUGCUGCCAAGCUAUUGAUUGUGUUAAUCCCUUCAGUUAUGAAAUGGCAAAGAAGGAGCAGGUUGUGCAUCAUGCUAAGCCUUAAAGAAGUGCUGUCCUGCUGUUGUCUCUCCUGUGGGCUGAGACUUCAGAAGCAACUAGAAACGGUUGAAAAUUUCAAGGAAGUCAAUUAUUGAACUCUGAGCUAUUGAAAACAUCGCUUUGGUAACUCUGACUAAUCUCUGUUUUCCAAAAUAUUUAACGUGAAGAAAUGAGAAUUCUCCAAGGCUCACUGCCAACUGCAGCUAAUGCAGAGAUGAGGGAAGAGGAGGAAGCAGCUGUGUCCUCAUUUAGACUCAAAUCUCACUCUAAAGCAGUGGCUGUUACAAAUAAGGAAACUUUAAAAUAACUGAAAUGGGAAGCAAAAAUAUUACUUGCUGUUUUAAGGAGCAUCUGGAACUGUACAAAAGAUUAGGCAAAAUCACUGACAGGACAAAAAUCAGAAUUUGUCUUGUGCACUGGAAGCUGGUGGAGGUGGGAGUUGUUUGGCACAGUUCAGCAAUGCCCCUCUACUGCUCUUAUAUCAGCAGUAUCAGGCUCUGCAGUGGUAGUUUUGAGGCAGCAGGGCAGGGCAGCGUGUUUACCCUGUGACAUGCCCAGCCCUUGACCCUCCAAACAUUCCCAUUUUUGCCCUGUGCACUGGCACACCCUCAAAGAGUUGUGGGAUAUCCUUUCAGGGACACUUUUCUUCCCCAGCCAGGAGCUGCCUUUUUUUCCUAUGCCAAGCACCAGAUAUCCCUCAUCCUGCUUCUGUGUUUGCUGUAGGAAGGUGGGGGAGGCUGUGGGCUCCUUUUGCCAGCCCCUGGUACUCUUGCUCAAGCACAGCUCUUGCUGUUACCUUGUGUGACCAGCUCUAGUGACUGUAUUUGAGGAGUUUGUGUUGAAUAUCCAAACAUUGUCAUUUUAUUUUCUGCAGCAACUCAUCCUGUGCUGAAAUGCAGUAAUAAAGCUAGAAAUGACCUCUCUCUUUCUGGAGGGAAUUUAGGGUAGACCAUGUGCCAAAUCCCAAUGCUGUACCAUAAUAAUGGGGCUACCUCCAGUGUGCUGGGGUAGCUCUACCAACCAGAUGUGCCCAGGACUUGAAGUGUUCAAGGAGAGCUGCUCCAUGUAAUUGGUGUUUGCAGGACUCAGCCGACAUUCCAGCUGCACAGAUGAGGGGAGGUGUUGUGCCCAAGGUAAUUGCUGUGUUACAGUAGUGUCACCCUUACAUAGACUCCAGCAGAUCACAGCUGAAAUAACAAAGGAUGCAGCAAACAGAUUUUUUUACUGCAGAGGAGCUGUUCUCCUUGUCUCAAAAGCUUGUCCUAACACUGAUCUUGUCCUGCCUCAUAGUCCUUUUUUUCCUAAGGACUUUUCUCUCUUUACUCUCCCCCUCUUCUAAGAAUAUUAUUUGCCUUCUUGGUCCCUUCUCCAUUCCUGCAGGAGAUUCCCUAAAUACUCCUGUAAGCAAUCCUUAUUUUCUCGACAGCCUUUUCUCUCUUCCUGUUGUUCUUGUAAGAUAAUCCAGUGCUUUCUAAUACAUGAUCCUGGGAGAAUUCAAGUGUAUCAAGUAUAACAUCCUCUUGGUAUUUUCCAUUCGACCUCCUGUGUCUCUGAUUCUUCCUUUUCUAGGUUUUGGGCUUUUGGUGUUUACACAGCCUGUCCAGCAGCAUUACCUCCUUUCUCCCUGACAACAAAUUACUGGCAUACGUGUGAGCAGCGUGCCCUCCUCCCUUGCUAAAGCAUAAGCUGUCUACCUGCCAGUGGAGGGAACUUUUUUUCCUCUACAAAAAUGAAUUGACUGCAGUCUCCCCAAGGGAAGCUUUCCAAGUGCUUUUCAAGAUAAAGCAAUCGUUCUGUUUUUCUCUCUGUUUCAUAAUCUUGGAGAGUCUCCUUCCUGCAAGUUAUCAUAUAAAGAUGUGUCUCUCUGAGAGAAUAUCUGUUCUCCACAGACACACUUUUUAGAGUGUGGGAGCUUC